CAUACGUGCACACACACACACCACACACACACAACACACACACACGUUCUCACACAGCGGAGCGUAGCUGAGAGGCAGGGACUGCAGCAGUAUGCACCAGCCACGUCUGAUCUGUGUGGAGACUUGAGGAAGGAGAACUAGGAAGAGGAUAUAAUGUAGCAGUGUCUUACACAACCCAACCCCCGUGCGUACAGUAGCUACAUCUCUACUCUGCAGCAGUGGCAACGGUGCAUUUCAAGAGUGGACAGCUUAUGUUAUCUGCCCCCCUCUGACUGCACUGCCUCUGCAUCCAUCUCCAUUCACUCUGCUCCUCCCAUUCCACAUCUUCAUCCUCCUCUUCCUCCUCCCAACUACGGCAACAUUAGGCAGGACCACGGACCGUACGAGAUUGCCAACGCUGAUCACAGGACCCUCAGGUUUGUCCUGUCUGAUGGAGUCGUGCUGGUUAUGCUAGAUCAUCAUCACCUUCAUUAACGACUGGAUUCUAAUCGAGCUCAGGAGACAAGGAACGAAAAAACAUCCCCCAAAAAACGAAAAAGGAGUGUUGGAUGUUUGUGACGCUCUUUGUCGGCUCUGUUGGGUUGUUGGCUCUUUUCCUGUAAUUGCUUGGUUGUUUUUGCCUUCACUGAGACCGGCUAGCAGGCACUGCAGCACCAGGAAGGAUUGCAGGAGCCGUGAAGUAGUAUGGCAUGAGGACCCAGGGGCGAGCGAAUCGGAAGGGCUUGAGCUACCAUUACUGCUGCUGCUGAGGUGCUUAUCUUUAUUUUUUUUCUCCAGAAAGGGCGUCUGGAGGGGCUGGGUUGGGGUGGGUUGUGACAGUGAAGGUACCCGGGACCCUACAGAGUGGAGUGGGUGUCUCUGGCGUAGAGGAGCCACGCAGAUAGGCAGGACGUCCUGUGGGAAAGGAGGAGAGAAGAGAGGAAGAGGGGCUGGCUCAGGCUCGGGCCCCUGAUGGUGGCUAUUUUUGUCUCCCCUAGCUGAGUGAUUGGGGACAGCAGGUAAAGGAAAAUAUGCUUAUGGGUGCGGGACGAGACACGGCGCGGGAUGAGGCCCAGAAGCUUCACAGGAAGUGGCUGAAGCACCAGGCCUUCAUGGCCGAGCUGGCCCGCAACAAAGAAUGGCUGGCCAAGAUAGAGCAGGAGGGCCAGGAGCUGAUCGAUGAGAAGCCGGAGCUGCGUUCGGUGGUGCAGCAGAAGCUGGAGGAGAUCAGGGAGUGCUGGACGGACCUGGAGAGCACCACCAAGGCCAAGGCCCGGGCUCUGUUUGAGAACAACAAGCCAGAGCCGGUGGUGAAGAGCUACUCAGACCUGGACCACCAGCUCUCUGGCCUGGAGAAACAGCCCCCCCAGCUGGAGCAGGCUCAUCACCUACCCACCUUCAACGAGCAGCUGCAGAAAUUUCAGUCUCAGAUGGGGAACUUGUACAAGGACGUAGGGGAACUAGGGUCUCUCCAGGGGGUGUGCCUCCCCCAGCGAGGCAGCCUGGUGAAGGGUGGCGAGGGAGAAGGGGGCGAGCAGCCAGCCGUAGUGGAGACCCGCAUCGUGCGCCUCAUCGAGCCCCUGAAGGAGAGACGACGCAUCCUGCUGGCCUCCAAAGAGAUGCACCAGGUCGCUCAGGACCUGGAGGAAGAGAUACUGUGGAUCCAGGAGCGGCUUCCUCUGGCCUCCUCUAAGGAUUACGGCAACAACCUGCAGAGUGUUCAGCAGCAUGUCAAGAUCAACCAGACACUGCAGAGGGAUCUGCAGGGGCGCCAAGCACGGGUGGAGGAGGUGUUGGACCGGGCGGGGAUCAUCGCCUCUCUGCGGACCCCUGAGGUUGACUUUGUGCGUGAGGGGGCGGGGCAUGUGCGUCAGGUGUGGGAGGUGCUGAGGCUGGAGGCGGAGAGGAGGUCUGUGAUGCUGGAUGUGGUGCUGCUGGCCCAGCAGUACUACAGCGAGGCAGCCAAGGUGGAGUCCUGGCUGGCAGGCCAGAAACUGCACCUCAUCAAUGAGGAGAAGGGCACGGACGAGGAGAGCACCCUGCAGCUACUGAAGGAGCACCUGGCCUUGGAGGCGACAGUGGAGAACUACGCUGAGACAGUGGGCAUGCUCUCCCAGCAGUGUCAGCGACAGCUGGAGCUGGGGCACCCAGAUAGUGAGGGGAUCACCAAGCAGCAGUCCCACAUAGACCGUCUGUAUGUGUCUCUGAAGGACAUGGUGGAGCACAGGAAGACCAAGCUGGAGCAGCAGUACUGGAUGUACCAGCUCAACAGAGAGGUGGAGGAGUUAGAGAAGUGGAUCACUGAGAGGGAGGCUGUUGCCAGCUCCACUGAGCUGGGUCAAGACCUGGAGCAUGUCACGAUGCUACAGGAAAAAUUCACCAAGUUCUGCUCAGAGACCAACAGCACAGGCCAGCAGAGGAUGGAGCAGGUGAAUAAGAUGGUGAAUGAGAUGAUAGACUGUGGCCACACGGACGCGGCCACCAUAGCUGAGUGGAAGGACGGACUGAACGAGUCAUGGGCCGACCUACUGGAGCUCAUGGAGACCCGAAGACAGAUGCUGGCAGCAUCACACCAGCUGCACAAGUUCUUCACCGACUGCAAAGAGGUCUUGGCUCAGACUGCGGGGAAGAUGAGGCAGUUGCCAGAGGUGAGGGCGUGCCAAGCCAGCAUCGCCAACCCUGCCACCCUGCAGAGGCUCAUGCUCUCCUUCGAGCACGCCCUCCAGCUGCUCGUCUCACAGGUAAGGCAGCUGCAGGAAAAUGCGGCCCAGCUGAGGACCAUCUAUGCCGGAGAGAAGGCUGAGGCCAUCAUGAGCAAAGAGCAGGAAGUGAUGUCAGCAUGGAAGGAGUUACUGGUUUCCUGUGAGGCCAGUCGUGUGCAGGUCACCUCGGUGACAGACAAGGUGCAGUUCUUCUCGGUGGUGCGCGAGCAGCUCAUGUGGAUGGAGGGCAUCAUGGGACAGAUUGGAGGGGACGACCCCAGGGACUCAUCUUCUGCAGAGGUGAUGAUGAAACAGCAUGGUGAGCUGAAAGCCAAGAUGGAUGGCCGUAGGAAGACAAUACAGCAAUGUGUGGAGCUGGGAAAGAUCCUGCUGGCCGCAGGCAACCCAGCCUCCGAGGAGAUAAAGGAGAAGUUGGAUGCUCUCCUGGCUAAGCAGAAGGAUCUCUCUGAGAGAUGGGACAAACAGCAGGAGAAGCUACAGCGCAAGAAGGAUCAGUUCCAGUAUGCCCAGGAGACGGUGAAGGCGGAGGCCUGGCUGAAGGCCAAGGAGCCCCUGAUUAGCUCCAGCUCCUCCUCUAGGGUGGCUGGGGGGGCUGGAGGAGACGCCCAGGUCCAGACUGAUGAGGUGGAGCAACUCAUCCUCCGCCACGAGGCCUUCCGCAAUGCUGCAGCCACCUGGAAGGAGCGCUUCAGCUCACUGAGACAGCUCUCCAAUGCAGAGAAGCUGAGAGAAGAACAGAGCAGCAAUCCUUCCCCAAUGCCACUCUCCAGUCGGAGGAUGUUCCCAUCAUCCUGUCUCACUCCGACCAUUCCUCUUGCUACCUCAACUCUGCUGAGACAGACGGUCCAGGUGCAUAUUGAGCCCAGGCCCAAGCAGACCAGUCUGGAGAUGUCUGCGUCUGCCUCUGCCUCCUCUGCAGCCCAAAGGUUGGGUUCUACCAUAGCCAGCUACGCUCCUGUCAUAAAUGGAUCUGGUUACCAUGGACUGGACAAUCAGAGCAGCAGCGGGGGAUUGGAGAGUUCCAACUACCCUGGACUGAACCAUCCGGGCAGUGGAGGAGUGGACAGCAGCUCUAGUUACCUUGGAGGGAACCAUCAGACUGGCUCCCCGCCAGUGGAUAGUUCUGGCUACCUUGGACUGAACCAUCAAAACAGUGGGGGUAUGGUUAGUCCAGGCUACCUACCUCAAAACCAAAGUAGUGGGGGUAUGUGUGGUCCAGGCUACCUACCUCAAAAUCAAAGCAGUGGGAGUAUGGGUAGUCCAGGCUACCUGCCAAAAAAUCAAAGUAGUGGGGGUAUGGGUAGUCCAGGCUACCUGCCACAAAAUCAAAGUAGUGGGGGUAUGGGUAGUCCAGGCUACCUGCCACAAAAUCAAAGUAGUGGGGGUAUGGGUAGUCCAGGCUACCUGCCAAAAAAUCAAAGUAUUGGGGGUAUGUGUAGUCCAGGCUACCUGCCGCAAAAUCAAAGUAGUGGGGGUAUGGGUAGUCCAGGCUACCUGCCUCAAAAUCAAAGUAGUGGGGGUAUGGGUAGUCCAGGCUACCUGCCUCAAAAUCAAAGUAGUGGGGGUAUGGGUAGUCCAGGCUACCUGCCGCAAAAUCAAAGUAUUGGGGGUAUGUGUAGUCCAGGCUACCUGCCGCAAAAUCAAAGUAGUGGUGGUAUGGGUAGCUCAGGCUACCUUGCACAAAAUCAAAACAGUGUUGGGAUUGGUAGCUCAGGCUACCCUGGGAAAAAUCUAAGUAGUGGGGGUAUGGGAAGUACUGGCUACCUUGCACAACACCAAGGUAGUGGGAGUAUGGGUAGUUCAGGCUACCUUGCGCAAAGUGUUGGGGGUAUGGGUAGUUCUAGCUAUCUGCCUCAAAGUGGUGGGGUCAUGGACCCCAAAAUGGCAUAUGCGUGGCAGCAUCUGAAAGCCGACUGCAUGCAGCCCAGGAUUAACCACAUGCACAAAGCUGUCAACCCCCUCCUGGAGGCCAGCAGGGCGCAGAGGGAACAGUUUGGGGACAUCCCCAUGGUGGACAUGAUCGGGCCAGAGUCUGGCCUGGAUCUCCUCCACGGCAGGCUCCAGAGGGACCCUCGCGGCAGCCGCUCCGACCCCCAGAUGGACCACCUGCGGCGGGAGAGGGAGUACAAGCUGGGUCGGCAGACCUCCAGCGAACAGGAGAUUCAGGCGCGGCUCAACGAGCUGCCAAUGAUUGUGCGCCAGGAGCGCUAUAGGCGACGCCUGGAGAGGCAGUCGUCCAGCGAGCAGGAGGGUAGUGGGAAGGCGAGGACACCGAGGCAGGACGACUCCAGCGACAUGGAGUCAGCCAAGGAAGGCUCCGACAAGCGCUCAAUAGAAAAGAGAGCCACCACCAUGGCUGAGAUUGUGGAGCAGGCCCAGGAGAGAGAGGCAGCACAAGCUCGAGGGGAGAUGUACCGCCCCACCAGCAGCCUCUCAGCACCCGUGACCUACGAGCGCCCGCGAGCCCGAGACCGCCCCAAACCCCGCAGGAGACCCCGCCCCAAAGAGCCUGAGGAGAAGCGACGCUCUCGCUCGGCUCCGGCCCAGAGCCCGGCACAACUUCUGCCACCCUCACACACUGCCCAUAAUGAAGGCUUCCUGUACCGCAAACACGACUUUGAGGGGCACCAGAAGAGUCCCAGCAGUAAGUCCUGGGUGAAUUUGUAUUGCGUGUUGACAAAGGGAGGGAUCACUUUCUACAAGGACGCCAAGAGCACCACCACACCUUACAAUGAAGAAACCCCACUCGACCUGAGCGUCUGUAUAUGUGAUAGCACCAUAGGAUACAAGAAGAAGAAAAAUGUCUUCGUUAUCAAGAAAAAUGAUGGCAAUGACUAUAUUUUCCAUGCAAAGGAUGAGGAGGACCUGAAGGCUUGGGUCACUAACAUCACCACCAGUAUAACUGAACAUGAGGAGAUCGCCAAGUGGGACAAGCCCACCACCUCGUCCACAGAUCCCGACCGCUCGGAGAGGAAGGAGAAGUCAGAGGGCGACGCAGACGCCAGGUCAGAGAGGUCUGAGAUGGGAGGAGAGGUGGAGGAGGAGGAGAGGUCAGAGAAAGAGAGGUCUGAGAAGGGAGAGGGGUCCAAGAAGACGGGAGAAGGCUCAGAGAAAGCAGACACGUCGGAGAGGGGUGAGAGGGCAGAGGGGGGGGCAGGGGGCUCCAGCACGUCAGGGAAGAGCAAAUGAUCCCCGCUGAGUGGAGGAGUGGACUGGCAUCCAACCAUCUAAAGCCCCCCCCCCUAACUUUACCCUACGACACCAGACAGUGCUGAACAAGGGAGACUGAGGGAGAUGUGUACAUUUCUGUGCAUAUCUUCUCUCUUUUUCUCUCUCUAUAUCUCUCUGUCUCUCUCUGUGACAUCCUGAGGCUUGGGUCCUAAUGUUAACUGUGACUGUCUGAUCUUUCAGCCCCUCCCCCUCCCCCAGGCAAAAUACAUCAAUACUUGCAUUGCAUUGUGGCCCUUGCUGGUAGGUUGGAGGAUAGGGGAGAUUAACCAGCGCCACUGUGUGGUCACAGGCAUUUGUCACAGUCACGACUCAUUGAUAAUUUAUUUCUUGGAUUCACAGCAUCUCUCAGUAUAUAUAUAAUAUACCUAUGACUGACUAUGUAAUGCUCUGUCUAAAACAACCCAAGCAGUGGUGAAUGAAAUGUCUCACAAUAUUUUGAAAAAGCUUUUUUCUGAAGCAAUAUACUUUUUUAUUUAUUCUCUUUGUUUGAGAGAGAGUGAAAGGAGACAAGAAACGGUUGCUUAUUAAUUCUAUGAUUGUUCACAUUCAUCAUCAGCUUAUUUCUGUCAGGUCAGCAGCACCUUAAACACUUCCAACACGUCUGUGUAUACUCAGCAUAUUGACAUUUCAAACCCACCUCAUCGCUAUCUCUGAGUCAUGUUGUCAUGAUGGAAUGCUGGUAUUACCUACUUGUGUUAAUAAUUGAAUUGAUCAACACAUGAUUCUCUUCUGAACAUUUGGAUGAAUUAUGUACAGGCUCAUGCCAUGCCAGGAAUAAAGGUGAAAUAGGGUUGCCAACUGAUUAAAACUCCAUCACAUCUAAGAGUCUAUUCAAGGAGGCAAUGCCCAACUUAACCUCCUUGUGGUGCCAGACCUGUGUCAUGGCAUGACAGUAUAGUGCACCUUCUAUUUGAAUGCCUUCAUGUUCUUCGUGGUCUUGAGAGGUUCACCAGUUUUUAAAUGAAUUUGGCAGUGCAAUAAAUCCAUCUGAAGGGAAGGUCUGUGUAAAAUGCUAAUAUCAUGGUAGAUCUUAAACUAUCCCCACAUAAAGUAUGGUGAUAAGAAGAUAUUUUUUAAUGACAUAGCAGAGAAAAGCCCAAGCCAGAAAUAAUUCAUGCUUCUUUUGACUGCUAUUUGAUCUGAGACAAAUUAAGAAGCAUUAGAACCCCAUUGCUGUUUUUAUCAUAUUAUUAGAAUAUAUUCGACAAGGACUGUAAUGGUUUCACUUGUGAAAAUACAGUAGUAACAUCAACAUUAGGUGAACCCCAAAAUAUACAGUUGAAGUCAUAAGUUUACAUACACUUAGUUUGGAGUCAUUUAAACUUGUUUUUCAAACAUUCCACAAAUGUAUUGUUAACAAACUAUAGUUUUGGCAAGUUGGUUAGGACAUCUACUUUGUGCAUGAUGUUUACAGACAGAUUAUUUUACUUAUAAUUCACUGUAUCACAAUUCCAGUCAGUCAGAUGUUUACAUACACUAAAUUGACUGUGCCUUUAAACAGCUUGGAAAAUAACAGAAAAUGAUAUCAUAGCUUUAGAAGUGUCUGAUAGGCUAAUUGACAUAAUUAGUCAAUUGGAGGUGUACCUGUGGAUGUACUUCAAGGCCUACCUUCAAACUCAGUGCCUCUUUGCUUGACGUCAUGGGAAAAUCAAAAGAAAUCAGUCUAAAAUAAAUUGUAGACCUCCACAAGUCUGGUUUAUCCUUGGGAGCAAUUUCCAAAUGCCUGAAGGUACCAUGUUAAUCUGUACAAACAAUAGCAUGCAAGUAUAAACACCAUGGGACUAUGAAGCCGUCAUACCGCUCAGGAGAAGAACGUACUUUGGUGUGAAAAGUGCAAAUCAAUCCCAGAACAACAGAAAAUGACCUUUUGAAGAUGCUGGAGGAAACAGGUACAAAAGUAUCUAUAUCCACAGUAAAAUGGGUCCUAUAUCGACAUAACCUGAAAGGCUGCUCAGCACGGAAGAAGCCACUGCUCCAAAACUGACAUAAAAAAGCCAGUCUACGGUUUGCAACUGCACAUGCGGACGAAGAUCGUACUUUUUGGAGAAAUGUCCUAUGGUCUGAUGAAACAAAAAUAGAACUGUUUGGCCAUAAUGACCAUCGUUAUGUUUGGAGGAAAAAGAGGGAGGCUUGCAAGCCGAAGAACACCAUCCCAACCGUGAAGCACGGGGGUGGCAGAAUCAUGUUGUGGGGGUGCUUUGCUGCAGGAGGGACUGGUGCACUUCACAAAAUAGAUGGCGUCAUGAGGAAGAAAAAUUAUGUGGAUAUAUUAAGCAACAUCUCAAUAUGGGAUAUUGUGUCUUCCAAAUGGACAAUGACUCCAAGCAUACUUCCAAAGUUGUGGCAAAAUGGCUUAAGGACAACAAAGUCAAGGUAUUGGAGUGGCCAUCAUAAAGCCCUGACCUCAAUCCCAUGGAACAUUUGUGGGCAGAACUGAAAAAGUGUGUGCGAGCAAGGAGGCCUACAAAACUGACUCAGUUAUGCCAGCUCUGUCAGGAGGAAUGGGCCAAAAUUCACCCAACUCAUAAAAUUCACCCAACUCAUUGUGGGAAGCUUGUGGAAGGCUACCCAAAAUGUUUGACCCAAGUUAAACAAUUUAAAGGCAAUGCUACCAAAUACUAAUUGAGUGUAUGUAAACUUCUGACCCACUGGGAAUGUGAUGAAAGAAAUAAAAGCUGAAAUAAAUCAUUCUCUCUACUAUUAUUCUCACAUUUCACAUUCUUAAAAUAAAGUGGUGAACCUAACUGACCUAAGACUGAAUUUUUACUAGGAUUAAAUAUCAGGAAUUGUAAAAAACGGAGUUUUAAUGUAUUUGGCUAAGGUAUAUGUAAUCUUCCGACUUCAACUGUAUCAUAAACUACUUCUCCCUCCCUGUUUUCUGUCUUUCUGAGAUUAAACCAAUAGAAAAUGAUUGUCAGUCAGAGGAGAUCAUUAAAUUGUAGAUAUCUUUAAGUACAGUCCACCAAUAAAUCCUAUGCUCAUUCUAUGGAAUGAAGUGGGUUAAGAUGAAAACAUUUACGUUAAUCUACACAAAUGAAAUGGGGAAACAAUACCAGUCAAUUACGAUAUUACUGUUUAUUUCAUUUAAAUGAAGAAAAAAAAUGCAAAUUAGGAGUCACUAACAAAGGAUAGUGUAUAUACACCAAUAUCUAGUUACAUUUUACAUUUGACCUUUUACAAGGGAAAAUAGUGCUGGACCUAGGUACAUUUGUUGUGUAUUUAUAAAUGUGUUUUUCAUUUAAUUGAUCAUACGGGUUUGCUACAGACAGUUUUUUCUAUUCGUAGUUAGAUCCUGUCAGGCAAGUGAAUUAUUAUAAGAACAGUCCUGUAGCGAAUGAUAGGCCUUCGCUACAUUUACUUGAACUGGUUAACAAACCUUGGAUGAUAACAAAGAACUUGCUAACCUGAAUGCUAGUUUAUUUAGCAACUCUGGAGCUGAUCAGACUGGUAUCCAGGCUACACACGUUUUAGCUGUGACUCUUGAGCUAUGACUUCAAAGCUAAAUACAACCAUAGAUCCACAAAAUGUUUUGCUUGCUUCUGUCAUAUUGGAUGAUUAAUUAUAAACACAUAUUGAUAAGAAAGUGAAUGAACACAAAUAUGUUGGUUUAGUUAGUACUGUACACCUACAAUAUGAAACCUCAAUAGCCAGCAUAGUAUGAUUGAAAUUUGGUCAACUCUGUUUCAAAUUGGCUACUUUUUAAUGAUGUUUACAGAUGUGUUUUUAUCUGAUUCAUAAAUGCCCCAUACCAUGGACCUUCCAAAUCAAACAUAAUUGCUUAAAGUGGUCUGUGUGUGUUAUUAGUCAUAACCAAAUCUGUAAAAAAAUAAAAAAUAAAAAAACCUUGUUAAGCCUUAUCCCCAAAACCAGUAUUUAGAAAAUGUAUUGAUUUCACAAUAUACUCAAUACAGACUGUUCCAUUUGACCCAUGAUGCAAAUUCUGGCACUCAUUGGUAUUAAAGUGUUAUGACACAAGCAACAGUCUAACUGCAGCUUGUUGAUUGGACACAGUUAUCUUAUUGGUAAGACUUGAAUAUAUCAUGAUAUAUGUGUUAUGUCAUCUGUUACAAUAUCGACUAGAAACUGUUGAGAAACUGUCAAUUACAGUAAAACAACAAACGGACUAGAGUAGGUGGUUAUUGUAGGUACCACCAUGCCAUUCUGGAUUACAGGCUUUAAAAACAAAUGGUACCUAAACUGAUAAUUUAUUAGUAGGCUUAUUACCAAUUGUUUUCAUUGUAACUAUUUCCUCUGGAAUUGAGCCUUUCAUUGCAGUACAAACCGUAUUUAUUAGUUAAAAACUAGUAGCUGUUUCUCUUAUUUUCCACUGUGGAAGUGAGAGGCUCUCCUAAUUCUAUUCAUUCUAAUUCUAUGGUUCCCACCAUCUACAUUCUUAUCAGAGAAAUCCCAACAUCACUUGAUGAAACAAACAGGUUAAUAAUAUAAUACUUACUAAACACACAUAAAUACUACAAUAUCUACUAAACACAGAAAUACUAUAAUGCCUACUAAACACACAGAAACAAGGAAACGUAAAGCUCUUGAUCUCAUGGCUGGUGUUUUUGUGAUUUUGUGUUUUUCUUGUCUCAGAUACUGUGUUAGUGUACCUUAAUGAUACCUAUACCUUGCUGCUAUGACAUUUUCUCUAUGUAAACCUCUUUAUUUGCUGAUGCAAAAUUUCCGUGAACAUUGGUGUAUGCUUGACACAAAGGUGUUAAGCCAAGAGAUUUUGAAAAAGUAAUCAUCAACCAUCCGCCACAGAUCAGUAGAUACAUAAUGCAUUCUAUAUAGUAGUGGGAGAGAUUAAGAAAUUCCUGAUGUUGCAGCCACUCACAGUGUUUAAAAAUCAAAGUAAAUUUGCUUGAUUGAGUAGAGAAAGUUAACAGAUUCCUGUGUUAGAGAUUUCACUCUGAAGUAGAAUAAAACAUUUUUAAAAUUUAAUUUGGCAAAUUAGUAAACCUUGCCAGAGUGUACUGUUCUUGAGACAGGCGUACGCAAAGGUAAAUUCUCUUGAUUUAGAGGGGGUAAACAUACUGUCAUUAUAACACCAAAUGACGUAAUCACCAAUUAGCAUUGGCAAACAUUUAUUAGAAUUCAUACUUAAAGCUCCAAUCUCCACUUCUUAAUGCCUUUGUGCAUUUAACAAAUGGAGCAAAAUGUCAAGUGUCAUGACUGGUAAUGUCAAGUGUCAUGAUGACACACUUUAUGUAGGCAUAAUGACACAGUUAUGUAUACGCCUUCAACUAAAGUAUUCCCUGUAUUUAACCAAGUCAUUUGUUACAUUUUUUGUAAGAAGAAGAAAAACUGUUUGUGUCAUAAAGCCACCUGGGGAUAGUAACUGAACCACAUAGCUCUGACAACCUAAGUGAAGAAAUCAGUCAUAGAUGUCAAAUGAAGGGCUGGUCUUUUAAAAAACAACUGUGUUUUCUGUUUUGAGGUAAUAACGCUUCAGAUCAGUAAGCUUGAAAUCUUUGCUUAUGUACAGUAUGUUGGUACACAAUAAAACAUUUGUAUGCUGUAUUCUGUAGCCCUCUUAUAGCAGAUCAGUGAAAGGCUGAAACACAUCAGAGCUACUUGCAGUUUUCAAGAGAGACGCAAGGUCGAAACACUAAUAAUUGAUGAUGUGCACAGUGUAAAACGCUAGUGGCGACGCAGGGUCUAUAAGAAAUAUACAUGUAUACAGUAUUGCACAAAGUCUGCACAACUCAAUGUAUGUCUUUUAAGAAUGUACAUUUUAAUUCUGAUUUGUUUAUUAAUAGACUGGAGCAACAUCUGCCAAUAUCUGUCUGUUGAAAUAUGGUAUUGUCUCAUAAACUCUGUUCAUCCCUUAA